AUGGAUGUUGCACACUUUUUGUUUGGCUUAUUUGGGAAUGCUUCGGCUUUGUUCCUCUUCUUGGCACCGGUGAUUACAUUCAAAAGGAUUAUAGUGAACAAAUCAACAGAGAAAUUCUCAGGCAUUCCAUAUGUUAUGACACUGCUCAAUUGUCUUCUUUCGGCUUGGUAUGGUCUUCCUUUUGUAUCUCCACACAACUUACUAGUAUCAACAAUAAAUGGCACAGGAGCAGUAAUUGAAAUCAUAUAUGUUUUGAUAUUCAUCAUAUUUGCACCUAAAAAAGAAAAGAUCAAAAUCUUAGGCCUAUUCGCUGCGGUACUCUCCGUGUUCUGCGUUGUCGUUUUCGUUUCGCUCUUUGCCCUACACGGCACGCCUAGGAAGAUCUUCUGUGGCUUCGCCGCUUCCAUAUUUUCCGUCAUCAUGUAUGGUUCUCCUCUCUCAAUUAUGAGAUUAGUAAUCAAGACAAAAAGUGUGGAGUUUAUGCCAUUCUUCUUGUCACUGUUUGUGUUUCUUUGUGGCACUUCGUGGUUUAUCUUUGGUCUACUAGGUCAUGACCCAUUUAUUGCUGUACCAAAUGGUCUUGGUUCUGUUUUGGGGACACUACAACUUAUAUUGUAUUUUAUAUACCGUGACAAUAAAGGUAUUCCAAAAAAACAUGGUACAACAGAGGAGAGUUCAAUGGAAAUGGGCAAUGGAAAAACACAUCAAAUGAAACAGUUCAAUGCAAAUGAAAUUCAAGGGUGA